AUGCCAGUAAAGAUGGCAUCUAUAUCCAGGGCCGCAUCUGUGAAUAUCAGAGUUGGUGGUCGUCCGCCCAAUCGUUGGCUGCCACGCUCAAUCACAUCAACCACCCCGACUGUUAGCCCCUCUCGUUUCUCAUCGACAGCUCCAUCCCAGACACGACCGCCGAUCCUCAAGCUUGACAAUGCUCUUCUCAGAACUCAGACCUCCCCAACAGUCUCAAGCACCUCAACGAGCCCACCAUCAACUCUGCAAUGGACCGUCAACGAUGCGGGCGCCGAUGAAUGCUGGGCCAUCAUCGCACCAGCCUCCGAACAAGGCGGGGCUGUUCGUGCUGAACUCAUCGAUAUCCUCUCUGGUCGCCUUCGCCCUCGCAAGCAUCCAAACAAUUUGCAGCAUCCGCCCGUACAUCCGUUCUUACAAGACGCAUCACAGCCCGAUACUAGUCCACGCUCCUCCGUCAAGGCAAUCAAGCACGUCUCAUUCGCAACCAAAAUCGGCUCCACCUCGUCCUCUGCCGACUUCACCAACUACUCUGCCCGCUACGGUGCUAUCCGCGACCAAGAUCGUGUGACGCUCUACGAGCGGCUGAUGGAUAUCCUAGACUGCCCUGUUGGCCUCGUGGCUGCUGCCAAACUCGUUCCUGACCCCUUUGCCCCUCCAGACGCGUCGAGCCAAGUAGGACGGUUCAAGUACAAAUCCGAAUGUGAGCGAAAAGCUGCUCUGUCAAAAGCGCAGCAAGCUGACAAGGUCAUCAAACAGAUGGCGCCGCUGGUGCUCAUCACGGACGAGCUGCUGCAUCGACCUGUAAUCGCGCUCUCAAACGGUCAAACAAGACGCGCAAGGAUUUUGAGCAGCUUGAUCACGGGCGCAGAGCUGGUGGUACUGGAAGAGCCUUUUUCUGGCAUCGAUCUGGAGACGAGACAGAAAUUGAGCGUUCUGUUUGCACAACUGCAUGCGGCUAGGAGGCCGAGGCUCGUGCUAGUGCUGAGGGAGCAGGAUUCCAUACCGGAGCUUGUCACACAUAUCCUCAAAGUGGACGAUGAGGGGCGAAUCACUUGGAUUGGCCCGCGAAAAAGUGAUACUGCUUUUCCUCACGAUACCAACUCUGCUGCAAACAGCGACAACUCGCCAGCGCAAGGAGGCUACCAUCUUGUCCUCUCCAACUCUAAAUCAUCGAUCGGUGUCGGUGACACAUGCUCGGCACCGCUCGUCUCGCUUUGCUCGGUCUCGAUUCAGUACGGCUCGAAACUUGUGCUCGAUUCCAUCAACCUCUCUCUCUACCCGGGGCUCCGCCUCAUUCUGGCUGGAGACAACGGUUCCGGCAAGACAACGUUGCUCGCGCUUCUGCUUGGCGAUCAUCCAAAGUCGUUCUCCUUCUCGGCCUCUUCUUUGUCGCUCUUCUCACACGCACGCGACCACGCUCUUAACGCACGAGCGCUGCUCAACCGUCGAUUGGGCCACGUCUCACCCGAGCUGUUCAACGCAUUCCCACGCAAGCCGUUGAGCGCCGGUGGCUUGACGGUGGGCGAAGUGGUGGCAUCUGGUUUCGAGAAUGUGUUUGCGCGACGAAAGUACUCGGACCAACAAAAACAGAGGGUCUGGUCGUUGUUGGCGUUAUUUGGCGACUUGAUCAAGUCGCGUCAGCGAGGUUGCAUGACCGAUAGCGCGGAUGGUGUGCAGGCGAUAUCCGAUCUUGCAUUUUCGUCGUUGAGCCAUGGAAGUCAAGCGGUGGUCCUGUUCCUGCGCGCUGUGGUGGGCAAUCCUCCUGUAUUGGUGUUGGACGAACCGUUUCAAGGGAUGGAUACCAAGCAGGUACAGAGGACGAGAGCGUUCAUUGACUUUCCCGAGCACUUUUCCAUCGGGCCUACUCCACUGGACAAGCAAAACGACUUGCACGAGAGACGAAGAAUGGCAAUCGUGCUCGUCAGCCAUUACGAAUCCGAGUGGCCCACCAGCUUUGGUUCGCUGCUGCGUCUGCGUCAAGGAAAGGCGGUGGAACACUUUUGA